GAUUGGAGAUGCUUACUCACAAUUACUCAUACACUUCGGAAUAUUUAGUCGUGUAGAGCCCACAUAGCUUACAUAUCAUUAUAUUAGCGUGUCUUUAAAAUAAAAACACAACUCAUCUGCAUCAUAUAUAUACAUAUAUCAAAUUCAAACGAAAAGAAAAGUUCAGUAAUAAAAACUCUCGAGCGUUUCCUAUCACGCUCAAAUAAAACUACGCGGUCAAUUAUCAUCCAAUCACCGUCAGCUACUUAACGUGUUAACUCUUAAAUCUAUUCUUUAAUUACUCGCUACACUCUGCCUUUCAUUUCCUAUCAUAUUAUAUCGUGUUGUAGACUUUAUUAUUUAUGAUAAUAAACAAACUUUCACACUUAAAAUUUUUUUUAUUAUCAGUUAUAGUUCUAGCAACACAAUACAGUGGUUCGUUAAUAAAUAAAGUUCAUUAAAAAAAAUAUAAAUUAAUAUGAAGGACAUUAAAUUGCAGCUUGAGAAAGAUGGAUAUGUUGUCCUUGAAGAUUUUUUAUCUCCUGAAGAAGCCGAUGAACUAAAAGCAUCCGGUGAAGACUUUACAAAUAAUUUACCUCCGGAAAAUAUGAGGAAAAUAUUCAAUACCAUCGAACUUCAACAGAAUAAAGAUGAGUAUUUUAUAGACAGUGCUCACAAAAUAAGUUAUUUUUUUGAAUCCGAGUCAUUAGAAGACGACGGAAAAUUAAAAGUACAUCCAAGAGUUUCUUUAAAUAAGGUAGGACAUGCACUUCAUUGGCUUAAUCCGACUUUUAAAAAAGUAACAUUUGAUGAAAGAAUAAAAGAAACGGCGUUUCAAUUAAAUUUCCAAGAGCCUGCGAUAUGCCAGUCAAUGUACAUAUAUAAGAACCCUGGCUUAGGGUCAGAAGUGAUAGCUCAUCAAGACGCGACAUACAUUUACGUAGAGCCAAUGAAACUAGUAGGCUUCUGGAUAGCUUUGGACAACGCGACCCUGGAAAACGGGUGCCUGUGGGUCGCCCCAGGUUCCCACAAGAGCGGAGUCCAUCGGCGAUACAUCAGAAAUAAAGAUUAUCCCGAAUCAUCAAAAGAGAUCUUGAUAUACGACCGCGGAGCCCCUUGUUACCCGGCCAGCAACUUCCGUGCAGUCCCAGUACGCAAAGGAUCUUGUAUUCUUCUUGACGGGCUGGUCGUCCACUACUCGAAAGCCAACAAAAGCGAUAAAUCACGACACGCGUACACUUUUCAUGUUAUUGAAACAAAGCAAACCACUUAUUCAAAAGAUAACUGGCUACAACCCCCAGCAGAUGGUUUUCCGCUUCUUUAUAAAAAUUAAUUUAUAUGUUAAUGCAUUUAUUGUUAAUUAUAAUUAUUAUUGUUUGUCAAAUAAAUAAAUAUUAUUGAUUAUUGUUA